AUGCUUCCAGAAUUAGAGAAACCUAAUGUCACAGAGAUACAAGUCCGAAUCGACUGUAACGGUUGCGUUCACAAGAUCAAGAAGGCCCUGCACCAAAUCAACGGUAUAUAUGAUAUCUAUAUUGACAUCCCGCAACAGAAACUGACUGUAAUAGGGUGGGCAGACCCUGAGAAGAUCAUUAAAGCUAUCAAGAAGACGAGGAAAACAGCUACAAUAUGUUCGCAUACAGCGGCAAUGGAGUCAGAGUCGUCACCUGAAGAUGGAGCACCAAGUUCUUAUCCAGAAAAUCAUCCAGGAGAAGAAGGUCCGCCAACAGAACUGCCAGAUCCGGUAUCUACAGGAUCUACAACAUUCCAGCCACGACAAUAUACCGGAUCAAAAGAGGUUGAAGAGGUUAAUGUUGUAUACCAUCAUCCACCAGACCAUCAAGAUAGUGUUGGUGUCUACGGUGGGUGGGUGGAUCAUUAUCCCGGUGGCGGUGGUGGUGGCGGAGGCCAUGGUGGUCCAGGAUUCAAACACAUGCUGCCACAACCUAUCCAUGUGAAUCAGAGUUACAACAAAUACAACCCCACACCUUAUGUAACUGAAUAUGAAUACAUCCGUCCACCACCACAUUACACGCCUUACAGCAAACCAGAGCCGCCUCCACCACCACGAUACACCACUUAUAGCUGGCCAGAACCACAACAGUACACACAUUACAGCAGGCCAGAGCCACCACAGCAAUACAGUCAACCGGAGCCACCACAGCAUCACCGCCAGCCAGGGCCACCACAACAUUACAGUCAGCCAGAAUCAUCACCACAUCACCACCAGCAAGGGCCAGCACUACAACAUUACAGCCAGCCAGGGUCUCCGCAACAGCAGAAUCAAACAAAUCCACCACAACAGCAAAGUCAGCCAAGGCCUCCGCAACAUUACCGCCAGCCAGGGCCUCCACAACGUUACCGCCAGCCAGAGUCACCACAACGUUACCGACAGCCAGAGUCACCACAACGUUACCGCCAGCCAGAGUCACCACAACAUUACCGCCAACGCAGCUGGCCAGAAUUACAAGACCGCCCAGCACCACCACCACAAUACACAGAGCACCACCACCCAGAACUGCCACAACACUACACACAGUACCACCGCCUAGAACCACCACAACCAUACACACAGUACAACUUUCCAGAACCACCACAACAAUACACACAACACGACAGAGUGGAACCAUCAUCGCUACACACAUACUACAGCAGACUCGAGCCACCAGACCAUAUGCACUAUAAUGAUGAUUACCAAAAUAGCAACAUGAAUGAUGACAUCACCUCAGCUUUCGGCGAUGAUGAUCCAAAUGGAUGUAGAAUUGUCUAAACGAAAUGUUGGUUUCUCGUUUUCGUAUAGAAAACGGCAUCUUUUGCCCCCAACGACAAUUUGCCUAACAAGUCAAUGGAGAAUAAUAAAGCAAUGGAUUAACACCAUACAGAAGAAUGAUAUUCCCAUAGAAGCAGGUGAUGGUGAUGGUGAUGGUGAAGAAGAUUCGUAGCUUGCAAGUGCAGGAAGAAUACGUUCUCCAUUCCUUUCUUUAUCUCAAAAUGCAACCUUAACGUAUUAAAAAGGAAUACGACUUCUAUAAAUGUAAAGGUUCUACCUAAUGAUGAAUAUAUUUUAUUAUCUUCUGUAAGUCAAUCAACCUCGAUACCAGUUAUGGGUCCCAUCUCCGUUUGUUUCACUUGUUUUACUUUAUUUUCAUUUUUUGUUCACCGAAAGUCAUUUGCAUUUCUGUCCUAUAGACCUCAUAUAACUUGCUACCUCAAAGUCGAGACGUACAAAUAUGUCCGUCCGUUAGUCAAAUACUAAAAUACCUUGU